AAAAAGUUAUCUCGACUCUGCGCAAUUGGCUAGCAGCGGCAUGUAAAUGCAAGAUCCUCUGGUGAGAGCAGACGUCAGCGUAGGAGGCUGAAAAUUGCCAAUCAUGGUCAAGUCAUACCUCAAGUACGAGCACGCCAAGUCCUUUGGCACGAUCCUCUCCGGCUCGUCGAACCUCGUCUGGACGUCCAAAGAUCGAACGGGAACCGGCGCCGGCCAGGCGAUUACGGCCGCCAACGAGGAGGUUCUCUGCUGGGACAUCAAAAAAGGCGAACUCAUCAGCCGAUGGAGGGAUGAGCGGUGCUCCUAUCCCGUCACUGCCAUUGCGCAGAGCGGCGUGGACAAGGACAUGUUUGCCGUGGGCUACGAGGACGGCAGCAUUCGCAUCUGGGACAGCAAGAUCGCCACUGUUCUCGUCAACUUCAACGGUCACAAGUCCGCGAUCACGCACCUCGCCUUUGACAAGUCCGGCGUGCGGCUUGCCAGCGGCGCUAAAGACACCGACAUCAUCGUCUGGGACCUCGUUGCGGAAGUCGGACAGUACAAGCUUCGCGGACACAAAGACCAGAUCACGGGCCUCAGAUUCAUAGAGCCCGAGGCCCAAGUGAGCGACGAGGCUGGGAACAAGGCCAUGAUUUCCAACGGCGAUGACGCGCCCGAGGGCUACCUCUUGUCCACCGGCAAGGACUCUCUUCUCAAGCUCUGGGACCUGUCGUCAAGGCAUUGCAUAGAAACGCACAUCUCGCAGACCAAUGGUGAAUGCUGGGCUCUCGGCGUGUCCCCGGAUCUGAGCGGCUGCAUCACCGCAGGCAACGAUGGAGAGAUGAAGGUGUGGUCACUGGAUGCAGACGGGUUGAGCUCGGCGGCCCGGCGGGUAGAGGUCGUCGCCUCCGCACAAUUCCUGCAAGACCGCGGGACCCUUUUCCGACAGAACAAGGACCGAGCCACAGAGGUCAUCUUUCACCCUCACAAGGACUAUUUCGCCGUCCACGGUUCCGAUAAGAGCGUCGACAUUUGGCGUAUCAGAUCAGAGGCCGAAGUGAAGAAGGCUCUGGCCCGAAAGAGGCGGCGAAGACGGGAGAAGAAGAAGGACGCCAAGCACGAUGACGAGGACAUGGAGAAUGCAAAUGAUACGCAGGACGACGUCUCGAAAGCCGACAUCAGCGACGUAUUCGUUCAGUACGUCAUCGUAAGAACAGGCGGCAAGGUCCGUUCGGUCGACUGGGCGCUGCCGACCGGCCAGAAGCAGAUCCAUCUGGUGGUGGGAACCACGAACAACCAGCUGGAGUACUACAAUGUGCAGCCCAAGGAGAAGGGCGAUAAGAAAGCAAAGGACGACAUCCCAGACUACGCCAAGGCGUUUUCUGUUGAGAUCCCCGGACACAGGGCUGACAUCCGCGCCUUGUCACUAAGCUCAGAUGACAAGAUGCUGGCGUCGGCAUCCAAUGGCUUGUUGAAGAUUUGGAACAUCAAGACUCAGACCUGUAUCCGGACCUUUGAGUGUGGAUAUGCCCUCUGCUGUUCGUUCCUCCCUGGAGACAAAGUCGUCGUUGUGGGAACAAAGAAUGGAGAGCUGCAGCUGUUUGAUGUUGCGUCCGCAUCGCUCCUAGACAGCGUCGAUGCGCACGAGGGAGCCGUCUGGGCGCUGCAAGUCCACCCUGAUGGGCGGUCCGUCGUAUCUGGAAGCGCCGACAAGACUGCCAAGUUCUGGGACUUUAAGAUUGUGCAGGAACAGGUUCUGGGGACAAAACGAACGACGCCCAAGCUCAAGCUUGUGCAGUCCAGGGCGCUCAAGGUCUCCGACGAUAUCCUCAGCCUGCGGUUCUCGCCCGACGCCAGAUUGCUGGCAGUGUCGCUUCUCGAUAGCACGGUCAAGGUUUUCUUCGUGGAUUCGCUCAAACUGUACCUCAACCUCUACGGACACAAGCUGCCUGUGCUGAGCAUGGACAUUUCCUACGACAGCAAGCUUAUUGUCACGAGUUCCGCAGACAAGAACAUCAGAAUCUGGGGUCUCGACUUUGGCGACUGCCACAAGGCCUUGUUUGGGCACCAAGACAGUAUCCUGCAAGUGGCUUUCGUCCCGCACAACUCGGACGGCAACGGGCAUCACUUCUUCAGCAGCGGCAAAGACCGAACCAUCCGAUACUGGGACGGAGACAAGUUUGAGCAGAUUCAGAGGCUGGACGGCCACCACGGCGAGGUAUGGGCCAUAGCCAUGAGCCAUAGCGGCAACUUCCUCGUCACUGCCAGCCACGACAAGAGCAUUCGCGUAUGGGACGAGACGGACGAGCAGAUCUUCCUGGAGGAGGAGCGGGAAAAGGAGAUGGAAGAGCUGUACGAGAGCACUCUGACGGCUUCUCUGGAGAAGGACCAGGAAGGCGACGAGAACGGCGAGGUUGCCGCCGCCGGAAAGCAAACCACAGAGACGUUGAUGGCUGGUGAGAGGAUAGCGGAAGCUCUGGAGAUGGGCAUGGCCGACUUGAACCUGCUGAAGGAGUACGAGGAGGCCAAGCUCACCAACCCUCACGCCAUGCCGCCGCAGCGAAACCCCGUCUUCCUCGCCCUCGGCAACAUCACCGCCGAAGCCUACGUCAUGUCUGUGCUCCAGCGCAUCAAGGCUUCCGCGUUGCACGACGCCCUGCUGGUGCUCCCCUUUGCCUCCGUCCCCAUCCUCUUCACCUUCAUCAACAUCUUCGCCAUGCGGUCGAUGAACAUUCCCCUGACGUGUCGGAUCCUGUUCUUCAUGCUGAAGACGCACCACAAGCAGAUUGUGGCCAGCCGGACGAUGAAGGUGAUGAUGGACGGCAUCCGCACCAACCUGCGCGCCGCGCUGAAGAAGCAAAAGGACGAGAUGGGAGUCAACAUUGCGGCGCUCAAGGUGGUGGGCAUGCAGAUCCGGGACAAGAGCGUCAAGGAGUACGUGGACGAGACGUGGGAGGAGGAGAGCAGGGAGCGGAGCGCAAAGAAGCGAGCGUUUGUACAUGUUGCUUGA